AUCUGCCGUAGUUUUCCAAAAGCUUACAACGAACCACAGAGACCACGGUUUCAUUACGAAGGGCGAUUGCGAUUCAACUGUCAAAUAAUGUUUUUCCCAUUUUUCCUCACAUCAGCUGUCAAAGAAACAUUCCGGGGGUUUGUGAGAAGAGAAUCUUCCCUCCUUGCGCGCUUGUCGGUUGUGCGUAAAAUUUAAACAGUCGCAAAAAAGUGCAGAUUGUGCGUCGAAUCGUAUCGGAUGCGUAUUUGCUCUGUCGCUCGUUUGCAGCUCGUGAAGACACAAAUGCAAGGGUGACAAGUGACAAGUGACAAAAACAAAACAAACUCUGCUAUCACCUAUCCAGUUCCCUGACCAACCACCACCCUGCCGACGAAAUUCAAAACCGAAACCAGCAUUCCUCUCCGUACUAUCCUUCCGAGUGCAGACAAAAAAAAGGCGUAAAGGGCAGGGAUCUUUGGGUUUUUUUGUGCUAGUGUUGGUGGUGUUGGAUGCUGGAAUGCAUAAAAAUACGCACAUUAAUCUCCCUGGAGAAGCAUAAGCAGCAGCACACGUAAGAACGGACGGUACCGUCAAACCACACAGAUCCAGCAAUCCAGAUGAGUUAAGGUUGCCCCACCGUGCAAAACCAGCCAAACCACGGGCAGGACCAGAGUUUGUCGUGGAAUUUUACGCAACGCGAUUUCUACCGCACAAACGAAACCCCCAGCAGGACGGAGUUGGCCCAUCCGACCUUCUCGCUUGUGCAGCCACCGCCGAAAAGAGCGAAACAUAAAAUAUCAAUUCAAUCAACUCCCUGGUCGAGAAGGUCCGCGCGAACUGGGUGUUUUUUUGUGUGCUUCUGUCUAUAGUGUGUGCAGCAGUAAGAAGGCAAACAUGGUAGACAGUAUGUCGCAGGAUGCUGAGUCCUUUGAAAUGCUGAAAGCACUGUACGACUUCACCGCCGUUUAUCCCAAGACGAUCAGCUUCGACGAGGGCGAAUACUUCAUACUGCAUCAGACGAGCGCCCGGCAGCGGAACUGGUGGCAGGUGGUCAGCAUGAAGGGUAACAUCGGAUUUGUCCCGUCAAACUACGUGAUGAAGCUGAAGGUGAAUCCACUCUUUCUAAAUGGUUUCCUGGAAUCGAGCAUAGAAUCGUUACGGCUUUCGACGGAGAAGGAAAUAAAUGGUAUCAUCGGCCGGGAGGAACUGAUCAGCCGGUUGGUCGAGAAAAAGCGAAUGCUGGAAAAGCUGCUGAAGUAUGAACUGUCUGAUAGCGAAUCCGAACCGCCAUCACCGAUCAAAAUGAGCAAUGGUCACCUCAAACAGCACGAUGGUACCAGCGGUCACAGUGGAGAUCGCAGCGCACAGAUAAAGAAUGGUCCACAGCGACACUCACCACCGGUACCAGCAGAACAGCACCAAACGACGGCAAAGAAAUCGAAAUCUAGUCCCGCUGUUGGGGCACAGGCAGCGGUGCCACCGCAAUUUAUUCAGGAAAGUCCCAGCACGGGCAUGCUGGCGAUGAAAGUUUCGCAACCGGACGAACCGCAAACACCGGUGGCGGCAGCCGGCAGUUCGGCGCAGGAACCGAGCAGCACCCUGUCCGAACUGUCGUCCGUAUCGUCGGAACAGACGGAACCGACGAGCAACAAUACAGCGACGACGGGUACGCUUACGACGACGAGCGACGAAAUAACGGCCAUCUCACGCAUCGACGAUCGGGCCGCGCCGGGUGAGGAACCGUCCGCAUCCGGUACGGCGCCGCCAACCGAGGCGGAAAAUCAAACCGAUCACGAGCUGAACGAGCUGGAAACGACCAACAACGAUGAUGUGACGGUAAGCGAGAAUGAACCGCAACCGUGCUCGGUGAUGAAGGAACCGCAUGGUAACGGGGACGGCGAUGAGGCGGGCGUUACAAACGGUACGGAUGACGGUGGUGUAGCGGUGGUGGUACCGGGGGCCGGUGACGAUGGUACACUCGCUAGCGAUACGGAGCGGGAGGCUGGUUCGGGUGCGGAAUGUGGUGAAAGCAGUGUCGCUACCGGGGAUGAUGCAGAACCGGCGGAAGAUCUCGGAAAACAACCACCGGCCAAGGUGGAUGCAUCGGAGGUGUACCAAAUUGUGGACGCAAUACGCAAGAGUACGAACCUUAGCCACGAGCUGUCGUGCGUUGCGCUGCGUGUUGUGUUGAGCGAGCUGGAGGUGUUACUACCACCGGCAGUCGUACGACAUCUCGAACCGGUUGCGGUCCAUCUGGCGGCACCGUUUGACGUGUCCGAUGCGUUGCUCGGCAAAACGCACGACGCACACCGGCUGCGGUUGAUCUUUGCCGAGCUGUCGGACUGCAAGAAUGAUUCCGAGCAGCGUACGUGGAUGCUGCACGAGGAUGAGGCAGACAUUAGCCAGUAUCUGACCGAGCUGAUCCGCAUACUGACGGAUGCUGAUCCGAAGAUCUGCCGCAGCGAGAUGGCCUGCGAUCAGUACCAGAGCAUCAUCAACCUUGUGCUGUACUACCAGAUGGAGACACGCUGGUCCAUCCGGAAGCUGCUGCUGGCAGCAUUCCGGGCGAUGUGCCAUCUCGACUAUACCACGGUUGACAUACUGCUCGGUUCGGUUUUACCGCUCGAGCUAGUCCAGGAUAUGGUGUCGAAUUCGCGCAACAUCGAGAAGCUGCAAGAGCUGGCGAAUAUGCUUAUUAUCAUCUUCUCGAUCGGCCGCCGGAUGCCAAUUAAUCAGCAAGAUCAUUUACGGGCAGAUUUUAUUAUCUUUCUGCUAAACAUUAUCGAAACACCGCCGGAAACGGACGUGCAGGAGAUGCUGCCGGACAUUAUGAUCAACCUGAUACUGUCGUUCAAUUUGCAGUUUGAAAAUUUCGCCGAAAACGUCGUACUGGAAGCGAUGGAACAGUUCAAGACGGCAAAAACGUUUACCGAGAAAAUAUUGCUGCUGAUCAACCGUGAAGAGGAUCCGGUACACACAUUAAAGCACACACCGAUGAACAUUAAUCCGGUGCUAAAAAUGUUGGUCGAUCUGUUUAGCCGACCGGAGACGGCUUCGAUUUUCUACACUAACGAUAACAAGGUGUUAAUCGAUAUUCUCGUACGGCAGCUGUCCGAUUUGUCUGCAGGCGAACCGAUUCGCAAAUGGUACCUGGAGCUGUGCAGAAAAAUCCUCCGCAACACCAACUAUCCGGAGCACCAGCAUCGAAAGCAGGACCUGAUGAAGAUCUUCACCCGUAUCUUCUGCGAAGAGACGGAAUGCAGUGCCAGCGAUCAGCAGAUCGUGCGCGAAAUAGCGAACGAAUUUCCACAAAUUUUCAAAGCAUGAACUGCUAGCACCUCCAUUGUUUGCUCCAUUAUCGUGCGAUAUUAUUGUGUAAGCGGAAAGAUGCAAAAAAUUCCCCGCCAUUUUAGUGGAAUGCGUUACGGAAGUUAAGAUGCGUUGAAGACACUGUUUGAAGGGCAAGAUGGCGAUAUGAUGGAAAGCCAGAUUUACAGUUUAAUUAUCCCUUCCUGUUAUGCUAGUCAAGUGAAACACACGUCCCCCUGUCCUCCACCCUUUUUCUCAUCCCCUUUUUGAGUGUUUGUAAAAGCGAAAUAACUGUUACUGUUUGCGCUCUACAUACAUACAAACCAACAAAACUGCAAUGAAAAACAGAGCUGUCAGAAGAAGAAAAAACGUCGUUAAAAAUCGUUAAACGCUUACAGACAUGUGUUUUUCGUUUUUGCAGUUUAUCAAAAAGAACAGUUUGUGUUCUUGCAACAACAAAAAACAAACAAACGAUCAAAAUGUUUCAAAAGUUUGUGGUCGUAUCAAAUAUGCAUUAACAAUUUAUUGAAUAAUGUAACGUUUUUAGCUAAGUAAUUGAAACGGAUGAAAGCAAGUUUUGUUGAAUCGAUGAAGUGUAAAUGUUCCAAACCUGCACCCGGGUGAACGUUAAGGUCAGAUUGUACCAGUAGUGAUUUGCUUUUUUCAAAAAAAACAAAAACAAAAAAUGCACAGAUAUUGAACUGUUGAUAGCUUUUUAUUUUGUUCAUAGAAUGUAUGCCUAGGCUGGUAGCCGUUGUCUGUCGGAGCUUUACCAUGACUGUGUUGCUCUGUGUGUUUGCGUAACGUCUCGAAUGCGUUACGAUCCGUAACGGUAACAAAAAACAAAGCACGAUACUACAUUUAAACGAUUUAUUGAUACCGAUUACACACAAAAAAACAAAAAUAUAUCAUAAGAUAUUCCUCUCUAGCUCAAUGCGAUAUUGUUAACGUAAAUGUGUGCUACGUGCGAGCUAAUAUAAUAUUACAGAAACUGCAAUCGAAUGCACGGUAAGCACGAACAAACAAAAAAUGAAGUUAAACGUCAAAGUAAAGAAGAGGUUUUUAUGUUAAUAGGCAUACAUAGGCAUUUUAUAAAAACCAAUCCAGUGGUAAAUGUUGCAAACAAAAGCAAAGAAGGGGCAAAAAAAACCUAAAAAAUCGAUACAACAAAUGUAAUAAUGUUUUUUUUUUUGUUUGUUAAAUUUUACCUGUUUCGAGAGUCCACUAUAUAUGAUAGGCAUGGUACGUUUAAAAUGAUUAUUAGAAUAAUAAUCUUACCGCAGGUCGAACAAAGGGGGUUGGACGAUCAAGAUAAAAAUCUUUUUGACGGGGGGAAAAGAAACGCCAAAAAUUGCGUUAAAUUGGAGUUCAUCUUUUUCGCGCAAAGUCCUCCUUCUGUGGGCUCUUUCUUGUUGGCCUUUAAAAAAACACACACACACACAAACAAAUGUUGCCGCGACGCAGGGUGUUAUUAAGUUUCAUAUUUACCUGUUGGUCGUACGCAACUGUGCGUAAAAUUAUUUGCAAAUACUCACAUGGCAUUUGAAGCAGGUUAUGUUUAGCUUUACAUAACUAUAAAUAGCAAUUUUAAGAUUUUAUCACUCUGUAUCGGAACACACAGCAGCGUGCGAUAGGGAGACGGGUUACAAAGAUUAAAUUUUACAACUUACUUUAUCGUUCGAUGCGAUAAAGUUUCGAAUUAUGAAUGUAAUUUAAUUCAAAUGGAAGCACUCAAAACAGCUUUUAUCUCUCUUUCUUUUUAAUGUUGCUGAAAGGCCUACUACAUUAGAUUUAUAUCGCAUAUUCCACACAAAUUUCAUUUCACAAAACAUGCGUAAUUUAUUUUACUCCAUGCGUGCUAUAAAAUACAUAAAAUAGAUCGUCAUAAAACCCGUCCUUUACGAUCGUAAAGAGAGUGCAAAAGAAAAAGUCAUAAUUAUAAAUACAGUGCCAAUAUUAUAUUAAUAAUUUAUUAUAGCUUUACGUUAUUAUUCCAAAGACAGUAACUGGUUCACAAAAUAUUCACACGCUCUUUCUUUUUUAAACGAUCUUUCCAAUAAACUGUUUAAAAAGAAUUGUUCUUUAACAAUAAAAAAAAAACAAACAACUUAUACCAACGUAAUGUUCCGAUACAGAGCGCAACGAAGUAAACCAAACACAGAAGAAGAAAAAAAACACAAAAUAGUGUGCAGCAAAAAACACACACAGACAAACCAAGAAUGUGGUUACAAACACCAGUUCAAAAAAAUAUUCUAAAAUUUAAAAUGACGUUAAAAAUACCGAUAACACAAAACACCUGCUCUUAAUAAUAAUAAAUUGUUUGUUUUAUUAGCAUUAUAAAGCAGUUUAAGUUAAGAUCAAAUUACGGUAACUCGCUUAUAGUGCAUUUGAUCGAUAAAACCUCCCAUAACGAGAUGCCAAAUGAAGAAGAAGAAAAAAACCAGAAAAGAAAUUUUUGCUCCUAAUGAAAACCAAACAAAACCAUGUUCCGUAGUGACAAAAACAAAAAAAAAAAACAACAAGUACUCCAAAGUAGUAGUGCGUGCAGUGUUCAAUAUGGUACGAUACGCAAAUACCAACAGAAUGAAUCAAACCAAAAUUUGCAAUGAAUCCUAAAAAAUCGAAACACUUUUAAAUGAAAGUUAAAGAACUGUUACUUUAAA